AUGCUCUACUCCUCACUUCAGACUGAAACACCGCUGCUUUGUCAGGUGGCCUUGAUCACUGGUGCUGACAGCGGCAUUGGCAGAGCAGUGGCCCUAGCUUAUGCACGUGAGGGUGCUGAUAUCGCCAUUGCAUACCUCAACGAACAUGAAGAUGCCAAGGUGCGCCCACCGCCCCAGUAUCAAUGUGAGACAAAGAAGGUGGUAGAGGAGGCUGGGCGGAAGGUCAUCCUCAUUCCAGGAGACAUUGCCAGCGAGGAGCACAUCAAGGAGAUUGUGGCAAAGACUGUGGACACCUUCGGGCGCAUUGAUAUCCUCGUCAACAAUGCUUCCAUGCAGGGGGAUGCCGUGGAGGACUUCACACAGAUUUCGCGCGAGCGCCUGGAGAAGACAUUUAUGGUCAACAUCGUGGGCAUGAUCUCUCUCGCGCAGAAGGCCGUGCCCCACAUGAAGCCUGGCAGCGCCAUCAUCAACGUUGCCUCCAUUCAGGCCUACCAGCCCACCCCAUCCAUUCUGGACUAUGCCUGUACCAAGGGGGCCAUUGUCACAAUGACUAAGGCGCUGGCAAAAGAUCUGAUCUCCAAGAAGGGCAUCCGCGUCAACGCCGUGGCGCCUGGGCCGAUCUGGACUCCCAUCCCUGUCGAGUCUUUCACUGAGGACAUGGUGAAAAACUUUGGCAAGGGGAUGACGCCGAUCAACAGGGCCGGGCAACCCGCUGAGCUGGCGCCUGCCUUUGUCUUCCUUGCCAACAAUGCAGACUCCAGCUAUGUCAAUGCGGAGAUCCUUGGUGUGACUGGAGGCAUGCCACUGUCAUAA